GUUCAUUUACACUAUAGUACAAUAGUUUUAAAAUGGAGACUAAAAUACUGUUAAUCUUAUCCUGCAUGGUCCUAGCGACAGCAGCAUGGUCGCUGCCCUACUACCCAGUACCACAGGGACCAAUGAGGUACACGAGGUUUGCCCCGCCACCACCCCCGCCUGCGCAUCUACGGUUACAUCCCCUGCAUCAUCAUCAUCAUCAUCAUCAAACACCUCUACAUUUGCAGCCGCAAGCCCAACCCCAUUUACAGCCACAACAUAAGACUCCUGCAGAAUCAGCAGACAUAGAAGACUCAAAAUGGCAGCGUCCCAAACGUGGUCACGACGACUAUGACCAUGAUCACGAUCAUGACCACAAAGGUACCAGUGGAGUCACAGGUCCCGUCCACACGUUCGUCAAAACUGACAAGAAUGCUAACUACAAAUGGGGCGUGAGACACCACGUGGGGGACAAGUACGCCUCCUAAACCCCAAAUCAUCCCUCCAAAAUUACUGUUACAUUAUUUAUUUAAUAAUACUUUUAGAUUUAAUUGUUGUGUUACUUAAUUAGAUUUAUUUUA